AUGCUAUACCUGAUCCGAAUCAGUCUACAUCUCUCACCUUUUUAUCUCUCUCUUCCUCUCUCUCUCUCUCUCUCUUCCUCUAUCUCUUCUCUAACUACUUUUCCCUACCCCUCUCUUCCUCUUCGCACUUCUUCACCUCAUCUCCCUCCAUUCCUUCUCUUUCUCUUCUGCUUGCCCUCUUUCUCUUUCUCUCUCUCUCUCUUAACACUUCCUCACCUCCAUUCCUUCUCUUCCUUUUUUACUUGCACUCUCCCUCUCAUUCACUUUCUCUCUCUGUCUUCGAACUUCUUCACGUCAUCUCCCUCCAAUCUUUCUCUUCCUCUGCUGCUUGCUCUCUCUGCCUCUUAUUCUCUUUCUCUCUCUCUCUCUCUCCCCCUCUCUCUCUCUCGCACUUCCCUCACCUCAUCUCAAUCCAUUCCUUCUCUUCCUCUUCUGCUUACCCUCUCCCUCUCUUUCUCUCUCUCACUUCUUCUCUCUAUUCGCACUUCAUCACCUCCUUUCCCUCCACAGCUUCUCAUCAUCUUCUGCUUGUUCUCUCUCACUUAUUCUCUUUCUCUCUUUGCACCUCCCUCACCCCAUCCCCCUCCUUCUCUUCCUCUUCUACUUGCUCUCUCCCUCUCACUCUCUUUCUCUCUUUGCACUUCUCUCACCCCCAUCUCCCUCCUUCUCUUCCUCUUCUACUUUCUCUCUCCCUCUCACUCUCUUUCUCUCUUUGCACUUCCCUCACCCCAUCUCCCUCCUUCUCUUCCACUUCUGCUUGCUCUCUCCCUCUCUUUCUCUUUCUCUCUCUUUUCCUCUCUCUCUUUGCGCUUCUUUACCUCAUCUCCCCUAUUCCUUCUCUUCCUCUUCUGCUCAGUCCCCUCUCUCACUCUCUCACUCUCACUCACUCACUCACUCACUCCUCCCUCCUCACUCACUCCUCCUCACUCCUCUCCCUCUCUCUCUCACCCCUCCACUCUCUCCUCCUCCCCUCUCUCUCUCUCCCUCUCUCUCUCUCUCUCUCUCUCUCUCUCUGAUACCACGCAAUAUUUUUAG